UGAUUGAUUUGACAGUCCCAGGUGGCUGCGAUUCGCCCUGCGUCCAUGCUGUUACUCUACCGCAUCGUGCGCGUGCGGGCUGGCGGGUGGCCUACUCGCUCGAGAGCGGCAGGUGGCCGGCACGGAGGACCUGGCGGACGUGCGCUCCAUCAAGCUGCGUGUCAUCGGCAGGGAGAUGAGCCUCCAGCGCCUGUGCGUGUACGUGCCCAACCUCACCGAGCUCAACCUGGACGGUAGCAGCAUCGGCUCGCUCAGGGAGCUGGGCUGCGGACUGUCCGGCCUGAGGGUGCUCCGGGUAACGCGCUGCAGCCUGGACUCGCUGGACGGCACCUUCGGGCUGUCCUCUCUCGCCGAGCUCUACGCUGCCUUCAACCGCGUCCAGGACAUCGGCUACCUGGCCUGCCUGCCCAACAUCGAGCACAUCGACCUGCGGGGGAACCGGGUCAACGACAUACGAUACGCGGGGUUCCUCACGGUGUGCCCGCUGCUGAGGGACUUGGUUCUGGCUGAGAACCCCUGCGCGACGAGGACCGGCUACCGCGCCACCAUUCGCGAGAUGCUGCCCGGGCUGGCCACCCUGGACGGCGUGCCGUUGGGCUGCUACGACCAGGACGAUGACACGGACACCGCCACGGAGGCUGGCGAGGGGGACGACAGCGAGGGGAAGGAUCCGGAGGACGCCGACGGCGCGGAGGUCGAGGACGGUGCAGAGGGUGAGGCCGAGGACGCGGAGGGCAACUCUUCCGACUCUGCCAAACAGCUGGGUGAGGCCGCGUCGGAGACCGAGGAGUCCACGGCCUCCACGAGCAGCGCCAGCAGCAGAGGAGGGCCGGUGGAGGCCUCGCAACUGUGGGCCAGAGCCCAGAGGAACGCGGAGAAGGAAGUCGCGCAGUGGACGGCGAGGGGCCGGUCCCUGCUCACCCCGCGGCCCGCCACCGCGUCGUGCGCCACCCCCCGCCGCCCCCACAGCGCGCAGCACGGCCCCCGAGGCCGGCACUCGCCCUGGGCCGCGCGCCCCUCCACGGCCGUCAGCGCCGCGCCGACCGAGCCCGACGCGUCUGCCCCGGGCCCGGGCGACACGGACGCACCCAGCCCGCUCACGUCGGGCGGCGUGGUUUGCGGGAACCUGUCCCUCGCACUCAGGAAGGCGCGCAGGAGGAAGGAGGCAUGGGGACAGCUGCAGGUGCUCCAGGGCGCAGCGCCGCAGGCCCGCCGCGGCAGCAGCAGCAGCAGCGGCAGCGGCAGCGGCGGCUUCGGCAGCUGCAGCAGCCUUAGCUCCUCGCUGUCGGCCGGCGAGUCCACCCCGGUGGAGGUAUUCGGGAGCGCGGGGGCGUCCGCGGGGGCGUCCGCGGGGGCGUCCGCGGGGGCGUCCGCUACCCCAACAGAGACGCAGGACUGCCGCUCUCUGCUCGCCGCGAGCCGCAGGUGGAGGGACGCCUAUCAUCACUACAGGGCCGACAACAGGUCCAAGUGGGAAGGGGAGCAAGACAGCAACGACAAUGAUGACACCUCAGAUGGCAAACAUUGACCAACUAGUAACCGACAAAGUGAGUGCUACAGGAAUUGGGACAGUGUUGUAUCCUGGCGCACCAUGGCUUGAAUUGUACAUGUUUGUAAAAAAAAGGUAGAAAAUGUUAAUAGAAUCUGUAUUAAAGCUGCCACAAAAGAUUA